AUGGACUUUCCUGACGAAGGGCAUAUAGAGCCCUUUGUGGGGCUGCCACGUGGUGGCAACAGCAUUCGUAUAAAUAAAGGAGAAUUGAACGAUAUCAACAAACAACUUUCAAGGUCAUUCAAUAGUGGAGGAGGGGGUUAUUUGAGUACCUCCAACCCCACUGGAGGCGGAGGAAUAACCAAGAGUCGUCGAGCAUCUGUUUAUCAACCCAAACUGAAUGAUGAUGAUGGGAGUGGAGGAUCCUCGGAGAAGAAGAAGACGGACGAAAUCAAUGAAACCAUUCAAGUGUUAUUGACGUUAAUACCCACAGAUUUCUUUGAAAGUGAAUCCAAGAAACCAGAAAAUAAAGAUGAAGACACGUUCAGACCCAACGGACUUAAGGAUGGUAAACCUCACAAGGGACAAAUAUUGACUAAAUCUGUUGAAUACAUUCAGCAUCUACAGAACUUGAUUGACACCAACAAUCGGAAGGAAGUUGAAUUGAUAGUCAAGUUAAAGAAGUUACAACAACAACAGUCUGGCAACGAUUCAAACUCAACGAUAACAGUGGGAUAUACCAGUGCUGAACGAGCAUUAGGAGAAAUAGGCGUUGGAGCCGCUGAAUUAGCAGAAGAAUAUUUUAAACAGGUUAUUAUAUCCAAUGCCUAUACAAAGAAAUAA